UAAACAAAAAAAUGCCGCUCAUCAUGAUUCGUAAUUUUUGAACAUUGAACAGGAAAACGUAUUUUUAAAAUUUAAAAAUAUUGAAGAAAAGUGUCAAUCUUUCAUCCUUUUUGAAUAAUCAGUGAUAUAUUCAUUUAUUUAGAGUUAAUCAUGUCUCUAAUGGAAGACGACGUAUUUAAUGAUGCUCACUUGGGAAAGACAAACGUUGUUAUCGAUAAAGUUUCAAAAAACGAAGACUACUUGUCGAAGCAAGAUACAAGCAAACGUUUACUUAUUCAUUGGGCAGCUCUGAGUGGUAAAACAGAUCUUGUAUCAUUCCUGAUUUCCAAAGGUCAAAAUGUAGAUGCCAAAGAUGAUACCAACAUGACUCCGUUGAUCUUAGCAGCGUCAGCUGGUAAAACACCUGUUGUCAAAAUGCUGAUAGAUAACGACGCCGAUGUAAAUGCUAAAAAUCUAGGAGGUCAUAGUGCUCUCCAGUAUGCAGCUUCUAAAGGAUGGAAAGAAAUAGUUGAUUUAUUGAUUAAAGCCGGUGCCGAUGUAAAUGUCAAAGAUGAUCAAGGAGCAACACCUUUGCAUCGAGCUGCUUCCAAAGGUGUUACAGCAGUUGUUUCGCUGAUACUGGAUUCCGGCUCCAAAGUUGAUCUGGAUAUUAAAGAUAGAUGCGGAAAUACUCCAUUGCAUUUAGCUUGCGAAGAAUGUAGAGAAGAUGUUGUGAAGUUAUUAAUCAAACACGGAGCCAGUACAACGAUUUUGAAUGAAGAAAAAAGAACACCUCUUCAGCUGGCGCCGAAUAGUUUUAUCGCUAUUUUAAAAAGAGACGAAGUCAUCUAAUUAUAAUUAUGUUCGAUUUUUUGUUCAGUACUUUUUUUUUGGAUAUCCAUAAUUAUUAUUACGAAUCAUUUAUUUUUUACCACAAUUCUUAUAAAAAAUGUUCUUUUUUUGAAGAAAAUAUUAAAUAUUUAUUGAUAACUGA